AGAUUGUAGGGAAAGGGGUGUGGGGGGAUUUUUUGUGGGGGGUUGGGAAAUGGCGGAGCACAAGGAGGAGGAGGCGGAGCCGGUGACGGAGAAGAUCACGGAGCACUUCGACUCGUCGUCGUCGUCUUCGGACUCCGACGAUGAGAAGUCGAAGCCGGAAGCGAUCGAGGCGAAGAUCUACCGACUCUUCGGGAGGGAGAAGCCCGUCCACACCGUUCUCGGUGGAGGCAAACCCGCCGACGUGUUUCUAUGGAGGAACAAGAAGAUCUCGGCCGGCGUCCUCGGCGGCGCAACCGCGAUUUGGGUAUUGUUCGAGUUGAUGGAAUACCAUCUCCUGAGCCUUGUGUGCCACUGCCUCAUACUUUCUCUAGCUAUGUUGUUCCUCUGGUCAAAUGCUAGUACCUUCAUCAACAAGUCUCCGCCUAACAUUCCUGAGGUGAGCAUCCCUGAAGAUGUGGUCGUGAACGUUGCGCUCUCAUUGAGAUACGAGAUCAAUAGGGGAUUUGCCGUUCUGAGAGAGAUCGCAUCCGGGCGUGAUCUGAAGAAGUUCCUUGGUGUGAUUGCAGGGUUGUGGGUUCUUUCAGUUAUCGGAAGCUGCUGCAAUUUCUUGACCCUGUUUUACAUUGCAUUUGUUCUGCUGCACACGGUUCCUGUUCUGUAUGAGAAGUACGAGGACAAAGUUGAUGCCUUUGCAGAGAAGGCGACGGCUGAAUUCAAGAAGCACUAUGCUGUCGUCCAUGCCAAGUGUCUAUCCAAGAUUCCAAAGGGGCCAUCGAAAGAUAAGAAGCAUUAGAAGAAGGUACUUCUCGUGGUUGCUCUAGCUUCUGACAAGUAUUGCUCUUGUGGUUUCCGAAGUAUUGUUUUGACUACUAGUCCAUUUUUCUUUGGGAUUCUAUCAUUGGAAAUAUCUGAUUGGUACAUUGGAAAAUGCUGUUAUCGGUAAUAGGGUGGUUUUGCAUAUUUGUAACGUGGGUCAUCUAAACACUUUCGUCCAGUGUGAGUUGAUGAAUGUCAUUUCUAGUAGUAAUUAAAUUGCUUCAUUUUGAGGCAAUGUUUGUCCGCAUGGGAUGUAUUUGUCAUCUGGAUUGGGCAAUUAAUUUUGAAUAUAUCAUGCAUGAUGAUGUAGUGUUGGUGUUGAGAUUGAUCAACAGUUCUUCA